UGUGUGAACACGCGACCAGAUCAUCCUGUUACUCCUCACUGCGAGUGGUCAGUGUUGACAGACAAUGCCCAUCUAUUCAAUCAAUACUGGUGCCAGUCGGUACUGUCUCAAACAGUGUAACAGUAUUGUAAUAAAGAUGUCCAGAAUGGGAUGUCUAUUGAGGAUGAAUCGUUGGGGCGGUAAUCUCUUGAAAAAAUGAUUUGCUUCCAAGGUUUUUUGCAGCUUUAUUAUCGUUACAAAAUGUACCGAAGGAAAACAUUUCACCUCCCGCCUGUCAGCUCGCAGGAUGACAAAACAGAUAUAACUGCCAAAAGCAAAUUUUCUGUCUUUAAAGGCCUUCUCUUGGCCAUGCUGUCUGGGGUCUUCUAUUCUGCUGCGGCUGUUAUUGUGAAACAAAUGAAGAACCUACACCCGGGCCAACUGUCAGUGUAUCGAUUCAUUGCCAUUUUAGUGAUGUCAAUGCCUCAGACUGUGAAAUGUGGUGAGAAUCCUUUCGGGCCAAAGGACCUUCGCUUACUUCUUGUGCUUCGAGGAAUUUUCGGGGCUACAAACUUGUUCCUAAACUUCCUAGCAUUUCGUUACCUACCCCUUGGCGAAGCAGCCGUCAUCAUAUUUAGUGUUCCAGUAUUCGUGACAGUGGCAGCGAGGAUAUUUCUCAAAGAACCCUGCGGUAUCUUCCAGUCAGUCACGGUGUUCCUUACGGUCAUUGGAAUCAUCUUCACGGCAAAAAUCCCAUCCCGCCUCAUGGGUAAAGCCUUUGUCUACACUAGUGAGAACAUUUUUGGUCUUUUGGCAUCAGUUGGGUCCUUGUUGUUCAGCACUUGCCGGUUCAUAGUCAUCAGGAAGGUGAAAAGCGUGCACCAUGCAGUCAUCAUGUUCAACUUUGGUUGGGUGGCCAUCAUAGAAACUGUCACUUUGACCCUCAUCAUCGGAGAUUUCCAGUGGCACAAAUGUGGUGUCCAGAGCUUUUACAUUUUGUUAUUGGGACUUUUGAGCUACGGUGGUCAGACCUUGUUGACUAUGGCUUUGCAGUGCGAACUUGCUGGACCUGUUUCGACAAUGCGAGCUGCAGCAGAUAUUGUUCUGGCAUUCAUGUGGCAAACUUUCUUGUUUCAUGACAUUCCAGAUGGAUUCAGUAUUACGGGUGCAGUCUUGGUGGGAUUUUCAGUGGUUUUCGUGGGUCUGAGAAAGUGGGUGUCUUCGCUGCCAGAAGAUUCUCCGUUGCACAAGAAAUUAAGAUGGAUCGUUUCAUGAAAAAUAACCAACAGACACUUAUUGUAAACAUUCCACUGCAAAUAUUUUUUAAAGGCCAAUAAAAUUGUGUAUUUUUGACCAACAAUAGAGUGAUUAGUUUUGAAACGAUUUUUGGCUUCAAAUUUUCCAUAGUCCCAUUUGAAACUGAAAUUGCAUAACUAAUAUAAUAGUAUUUAUUUGAUAUGUUAAAUAUUUUUGAGAGAGAAUUCAGAUUAUUAGAAAUCUUUAUUGCAAGCUUUUUAGUUUACCAUGAAAACUGUCGUGAAAUUUUGAAAAGCAGA